GAAGCGGCUCAUCCCUCAACCCCCUCCCGGGCGCUGUUCGGGGACGGUCACUGCUAAUGACAGCUGGACCUCCCUCCAGCCCCUCCUUGUCCCUAACCCUGUGAAUGGCACCGAAACCGCCUUUGUUCCCCUCGCCGGGGGGCAGGACCCGCCACCACCGCUGCUAUAAAAGGGGUGGUGGGGCCGAGCGGUCCCUGCCCUGCUCCCAGUCCCUGUCCCAGCCCCAUCCCAGCCCCAUUCCCGGCCAUGGGCCGCCCCGCCGCCGCUGCCACCGCGCUGCUGUGCCAGCUGGGCCUCUCCGCAGCCAUCCAGUGGCUCGGGCUGGCAGACAGCGGGGUGGCCUGGAACGAGAGCCAGCACUGCCGGCUGCUGCUGCCGGAGCAGCUGCAGCUGUGCCGCCGGCACCUGGAGGUGAUGCCCAGCAUCGUCCGGGCUGCCCGCCGGACGCAGGAGCUGUGCCAGCAGAGCUUUGCAGACAUGAGGUGGAACUGCUCCUCCAUCCGGCGUGCCCCCAGCUUCGGUCCCGAGCUGCUCACAGGAACACGGGAAGCCGCCUUCGUGCACGCCCUGGCAGCGGCGGCCGUGGCCCAGGGCAUCGCCCGCUCCUGCUCCUCCGGAGAGCUCCCGCUGUGCUCCUGCGGCCCCGGCCCCUCCGAGCCCCCCGUGCCCGGCUCCCGCUGGGGCGGCUGCGGCGACAACCUGAGCCACGGCCUCCAGCUCGGAGCCGCCUUCACCGGGGGCUCCGGCAGAGCCGGCACCGGCGGCGCGCCCGGGCUCAGGGCCGUGAACCGGCACAACGGAGCCGUGGGACGGGCGGUGCUCAGUGACUCCCUGGAUACCAGGUGUAAAUGCCAUGGGGUUUCAGGCUCCUGCUCAGUGAAGACUUGCUGGAAAGGGCUGCCAGACCUGGGUGAAAUCGCCUCUGACCUCAAAUCCAGGUACCUGGCAGCCCUCAAGGUGACCCAUCGGCUCGUGGGGCCCAGGAAGCAGCUGAUCCCCAAGGAAGGGGAUGCCAGGCCAGUCACAGAGAUGGAUCUGGUUUAUCUCAUCAACUCUCCUGACUACUGCACCCCAAACCCCCAGCUGGGUUCUCUGGGGACACAGGACAGGCCGUGCAACAGGAGCUCUGUGGGCAGUGACAGCUGUGACCUGCUGUGCUGUGGCCGUGGCUACAACACCUACACGGAGGAGGUGCAGGAGCGCUGCCACUGCCGCUACCGCUGGUGCUGCUCCGUGGUGUGCAGGCGCUGCCGGCGCAGCCUGCAGAGACACGUCUGCAAAUAAGGAGGAGAAGCCGUGCUGGCACCCACCAGGCAUGGCUGGACACCAGGAGCCUGUCCCAAGGGAUGCCCCCAGCAAGGAGGAGGCUGUGCAGAAAGCCUGGUCUCUCAUGGAGAGCCUCAGACUGAGAGAUUUUGGGAAGUCCUUUCCAACCCAGACCUCAUGGCAGGACAAAGAGCUGCCCUCCUGCAGCUGGUCAGUGGCCAGCCCUUUGUCUCCAGCUGGGAAAAGCCAUUGAUCAUUCCACAGGCCCCUUUCUCCAGGGAGAAUGGGGACCCUGGGCUGCCAUUGUCCCUUUGCAGGAGGAUUCUGACAGCAGCCUGAAAGCCAGGAGUGAUGGAUGGAAGGCGUAGAGUUAUCCACUGGGAGAAGGCUGCAGGGAUGAAACACUGCUGCUUCGGGUGAGGGGUCAUGGGCAGCUCCUUUGGGAACAGGAUUCUACUGUGGGCUCAUCCAGGAUGCUCCUCCUCAGGGGAAAACACUGCUCCAGGGCCCUUGGCAGCAUCCCAGUGGAGACCAUUUGCAUGGAGAUGUUGCUGCUCCCGUUGAUGGCAGACACCAGGGACAGGAGAGCUGCUGGGGGCUGCCAAAACUGGGCAGCCUGGCAAAGCCACCCCUGACCAUAUGUUCACAACCCAGCCACGGCACCUUCUGUCCCCAUGUCAGGGGUGGGAGCCCACUCAAUACGUGAAAUUCUCAUGGCUUGUCCCUCCUGCCCCUCCUCCUGGCCCACUGAGGACUUCAGCCCAUUCCUUCCACCCUUUGGGACCAGGUGUGUUGGAAUUCUGGCCUGGAGAGGGGACACAACUCCAGAGCCUUGGGGAAGCAAGAAAUAACCUUUAAUUUCUGUACUUCCUGUAAGGGGGAUUCUGGUGCGUGUUUUUAAAUAAAUGUUUUUACUCUCUGUG